UAGCGUUUCGUUGUAUCUACUGAGUUUAGUUAAUCUUGUCCAGUAAAUGGUUAUGGAUGAGGGUGACUUGAAACUGCUGGUGAAGCUAACUCAGGAGGGACGGUUAAUCUGUCUGCAGAAACAUGUGAAAUCAUGGAGCCCUGCAGCUGCUGCUUCUAUCAGCAGCACACACUUCGGGCGCUCUGGAGACACUCUGCUGCACUAUGCCUCAAGACACGGACGCUUGGAUGUUAUGGAGUUCCUUAUAAAGCAACUUGGCGCAGACGUAGAUGUGUACAAUAAUGACUAUAAGAGACCGCUGCAUGAAGCCGCCUCUAUGGGCCAUAUAAAGUGUGUGAGCUAUUUACUGGAGGAAGGAGCUACCGUAGACAGCCUAAAGAAAGGCGACUGGACUCCCCUUAUGAUGGCAUGCACUCGAAGGAACCUUGAUGUGAUUCAGAAGCUGCUGUCCUACAGUGCAGACCCCAGGUUGCAAAACAAGGAUGGAUGGAACUCAUUCCACGUCGCCUGCAGGGAGGGCGAGCCUCUGGUCGUGGAAUGCCUGCUGCAUGCUUUGCCAGACAUUUGGAGGACUGAAAGCAAGACUGGCAGAACACCGCUGCACACUGCAGCUUUGCACGGCUGUGUGGAGGUCGUUAGCAUCCUGCUGGAGAGGUGUAGCUACACCCCAAACAGCACAGACAGCUGCGGAGUCACGCCUUUCAUGGACGCUCUCAGGAACGGACACCUCCCUGUGGCGCGGCUGCUUUUAGAGAAACACCAGGCAUCUCCGAUGGCAGCUGAUGUACUCGGUACUCAGCCGCUGCAUCAAGUGGCUGUCACUGGUCAGGAGGAAGCCCUACGUUUUCUGGUGCAGGACCUGGGUGUGGACAUUAACCAGAGAGCCACCGCCAUCCAACUCACCGCCCUGCAUUAUGCUGCAAAGGAAGGCCAUGCUGCCAUGAUAAAAACAUUGGUGGAACUUGGAGCAGACCUUCACGCUCGGGACAAUAAAGGACGCACUGCUCUUCAUAUGGCUUGCAUUGGGCAGAAUGCGGAAGCAGUCAGGAUGCUCUUUCAGCUUGGCCACAAGGAUUCUAAGGAUGCCUCUGGUGCAACAGCACGACAGCUGGCAAGGAAGCAGGACGUGGUGCGACUGUUUGACGGGCCAGAAACAUCAGAUGGUGGAUCAUUAUGAAAACAAACACAAAGUUGCAACUUUGAGAGCCUGAAAAGCCUGAUCAGAUUCAGGCUCAGUAAGCCGGAGGUAAACUCACCUCCCCGAUGUGACAGCACUGAUGAUAUCACUUCAUUCUCAUUUGCCUGUGCAGUUCAUUGGACAAUAAAAUUGUGAUAAAAAGUGUUCACUGUGGUGCUUGUGGUAGAGUAUGGACUUUUUGUAAAGAUGUAGUUAAUAAAUCUAUAACAGAAAAAUCUUUGAUUUCUCUAACAGUUUAGGAUUCAGAGAUGUACUAUGACUAUGAACCUCUAUUUCAGUUGCUCAUUCUUGUGAAAAGGCUUUCCUGUGAAAUUAUGGUGUCUUAUUGUGUCUUAUUAUAUUCUAUGUUUUACAUUUUGUUUUUGGCCUCUUUGUUAGUUUGUUACCACAGUGAAGGUUUGGAAAGAAAGAAGAAAAGUCUGAAAUCAACUGUGAAGAAGUGCAAAAAUAUCUGAAGCCAUGAGGGAUAGUGUUCAGAAUAUGAAUGUUGGUGUUCACUUAGGUAAUUAAAGUUAAAACUGCAGAAGCUGCCAAGAUAAUGGAUGUGUAGUAUUUUUGUAGAUUUAUAGGUGAAGGUGUUAGACCUAGCUGUAUAACAUCCAUGAGUUAGACCUCACUUGCAAAGGAUAAUGUUAAAUAUAGGAAGAUUUUUAUUCAUGCAGACUAGCUUAAAUGCAGCCUUAUAAUGCUUCUUAUGCAUCUUAGACUUGAUUGGCUUUGUUCAAAUAUGAAGAGUCCCAUGUGUGGCAAAGUAAACAACAGGGCUGCUCAAUUCUGAGAAUCCCAGGUCAGCCAAAGGGAUAUCCCCUUGGCCAAGUAGCCAAGGCAUAGUGACAGGACCUCACACUGUCACACAUAUCUCACCUUCAUACUUUGCACAUUGUGCUGAAAUAAGGCAUUGCAUGUAGAGAAAUAACAAUACUUUCUCAAAACCCGGUCCUCUGACCACUUUUUAUUUAGUUUAAGUUUUCCCCUAAAAGAAGGUUUCACUUUAGCAGAUCAUUGACAGAUAAUGCAGUAAGAAAAAAUCUGUUCCACUUUUUUCCCUUGGCAUACUGGAACAAUACUGCAGAGGGCAAACAUUUAAUUUAUUCCCCUUCACAAAUUGAUGAUUUUGUUGCUGGGACCACAACUUGCUUUCCUAACCAAUCUGGCAGUAUUGUCUCUGUAAAGUGCCUUGAGAUUACAGGUUGUGCAUUGGCGCUAUAUAAAUACACUGAAUUGAAGUGAAACUGAUUUGAUAAUUAAACCAUUUACAAUUGUCCCCUUGAAAAUCUAUGUUUUUCAAUUUGGGAAAACCCCACUGAGUAGAUGUGCAUAUAAAAUAAAAUGCCAAGAACACAACUCUCAGGUUACAGUCAAAACUCUGCCCUGUCAGAUAUGUUGCAGUGUAAUAAUUCACAAACACAGCAGGUAGCAUCUGGUUGAACUUGUUGAUUCACGAAAGCAGGAAACAGAGGCCAGGUUUUCUUAAGGUAUUUUUGUUCUUUCAUAUACAUAAACUUCUAUGAAAAAAUUUUAAUAAUAUAUAUGUGAAUUCAAACCUUAUAUUCGAUUCGAAACCAGGAGGAUCAGAAACAGGCAACAGCUCCUUUCAUGAGUAAUGCAGUUCAAAUAUUUAUAUUGAUGUAUUUUUAUUAUAUGUAUUUUUAAUAAUGUGUAUGUCUAAUAAUUUCUAUACUGAAUAUGAUCAAAUGUGUUUUAUGUGUGGGUCAAAUUAAGUUAAAUUCUCCGUAGAGAUCCAAAAAUGGUUUAAUAUGAAAAAGUUUUGAUGGAUUUCUGGUACUUAUGUAAAUAAGUAGUGCAAAAGUGUGGAUAGGACAGAGAGCGGUGAAAGUAAAGAAACUCUCAGAUGUUGCAAAACAGUCAGAUAUGGUACUCAGAAAAGCUUUUCGUUCCAGAAAAAAAUGGUUGGUUUAGAAAUUGCUUUCUCCAGAAACAAGUUGCUUUAAAAUUGUUUUUCCAGAAAAGUUGGUUUAUACAAAAAAACAGAUAGAGUGGUAAAGAAUAGAUGUGAUAGAAUGUCCAAUAAUUUAGAUAGAAUGGGUAAAUGGGAUAGGAGAGCUAGAA